UAUGCAUUCUUUGACUAUCGACUGGUCUGUGUCGUAUUGUUGUGAAUAUAAUUAAAUUGUGAACUAUCAUUGAGGAUAAAGUACCGCUAAUCGUUAUUAUUUGUUGUUUAGUUUAAUCUUUACUCAUAAGUUUACAUUUGUAAUCAUUAACCAAUUAAUAAUUCUUAAAUAUCAGCUUUUUCCGAUAAGGUUCUCGCUAUUAGUAAAUAAAUAAUACAAAAUGCCUAGAAAAAGGCAGAAACUACAGACAAUGGAUUUAACUAAGUCCUUUCAAAGUUUUGCCUGGUGCAAACCCGAGUGGUGUUUCCCAAGCAUGAGUAAGGAGACCAAUGAGCUGCUGCGUCAGUGUUCUGAAGUCACACCAGAUGAGCAGGGGGACGAUGUGGAUGAAGUCAUUGCUAAGAGCAAGGCGUUCCCUAUAUCCUUUCCUAUUGAGACUGUCAGAUUAGAGAAGCUCAAAGUACGUCGGCCUAUAGAGAAACUGAAGAAGAAUAUAGCGUCAACAUACCCACUCAUACAUGAGAGAGUAUUACUACUCAUGACUCAUUUUCUUAUAUACAAGAGAGAGUUCGGCAGCAGUAUAGAGAAGGAACUUUACAAAGAUAUGAGCGUGCCACAACUAAUAGACAGGAUUUUGAAGAAACGCGCCAUCACAUUCAUGGGUCAAGCUGACAAGUAUCUACUGAUUACUGGAGAAAAAGGAUCUUUGUUGAGCGGUCUCUCGCCGCAGGAAAAGAAGCAGGUUCGAGCCAAACGGUUCAGAGGUUCCGAAGGUUGGGAGAGCGUAGGCACAGUGAACCAGCGUCCCCCCCUCAUUUUGGAGAACUGCCUCAGCUAUGACGAGAUGAAACUAUCAGCUAUGGUCUUUGUCAGUGGGUAUACUGAGUGUAUCAACGACGGGGAGAGGAAGAACUCGGGCGUCGUCUGCGAGGAAACCGCUGAGCCGGACGCCGUUAUUAUUGGCUGCAUAGGUCCUCGUUUCCAGCGUGAUUUCCGCAUGGAUUACGAGGACAUCCUCAUCACUGAGGAGCAGAACGUUCCAGAACAUGGGUAUGGUGAGGAGGUGACUCCUACCACCUGUCUUAACGUACUGAAGAACACGUAUGUCAGGAAUAAUACUUCUGCUAAGCAUAUGUGGAGGCAGAUGUGGUCGGAGUUUUAUCAGGUACACAGCUACACAUACGACGAGCUAACAUCCUACGUAGAUUCGGCCGUCCAUCGCGACGCACAACGCAAGUACACCGAGCGGUACGUGCGUCUGCCUCGAGCCGGCUGUGUGUUCGACAACGAGGUGUACUACAAGCGCCUCGCUGUGCUCACUGACACUGUGCUCGUAGAAGCCGAUGAGAGGGCCCAGGAAGUCAAUAAGAUGGCCUUCGUCAAUGUUAUUGGCUAUGGUCUAGGCGUAUGGAAGAUAUCCAAACACCAAGUAGACGUAUUCGUUCUAUCAGUAUGUUCCCGGGUGAAGCAGUUGUUACGUCGCGAGCUAUUACAACACGUGUCUGAUGUCAACUUCGCUUAUAUUACACCCAGCGAUCCCGUGCUAGCAAUGUUCACAAACACAUCGGGUUCCGGGCCUGAUGCAGUGUAUAAAGUAUUCUUCGAGAGCAAAAAACAUCCGAGAGGUGGUAUUAACGUACAAAUAAAACGUCGUGAGCCAUCAUCUCGGCUGCAAGGUGAUGAUGAAGGGAAGCUACUCGUCAUGACGUAUCCUUGGGACGGGAAUGCACAUCCAGGGAAUGAGUUCUGGCUAGGCAGCUUAACAGGUUCAGGCGACCCGGCGGCGGCCUGCUCCACACAAGUGUCAGAGCUUCACAACGCACAUAUCAACCGAAGCGUUAACGCUAACAACACGCGAGUAGCCACCAGACAGGGACUUCGGAAUCUAUCACAGUAUACGCAGUUACAACCUGCAUAGGAACUUAUAAAUGUAUGAAAUGAUUAAAGAAAAAUAAUAAAAAAAAGUCCAAUGUACUUUAAUCCGAUUCGCAGUUUAGUCGAAUUCGCAAACAGCCUAAUUUGCAGUUAGUUCAAUUCGCAUUUGAUCUUUACUAGUGAAUUGAACUAAUUGUGCCGUAAAGCCUAGGUGCCACGCAAUGUUGUUUCCUUGCCUAUAAUAGAAAAAUAUUGCCAGCAUUUUAACAAAUUUUCCGCCGCUAUUUGAACGCGACAACGUGCGAAAAGCAUAUAAUUAUUUAAAUACGAUUCAAUUUUGUCCACUUUUAAUAUGACUAUUCAUUCGAUUCAAUGUUUAAAAAGUCACAUUUGGUCCAAUUCGAAGUUAGUAUAAUUCGCAGUCGGCCCAUUGACGCAGUAUCAUAAGAUCAUAAGUAGAUCAUAAGUGACUGUGGUACUGAUGUUACAGCAUAAUCUGUAAAUUAUAAUUUUUAUUUGUUUUCAAAACUGUGUCUAUGGGAAAAUAGAUAGUAACAGACUUUUUGUUGCCAAAUUCUCGCCAGUAUUAUAUUGUAUUCGAAAUUGUUAUAACCAUUUAAAUAAUCUAAUUUGAUAAUAAAUGUAAAAAAAAAUACAUAGACUGGUCUUAUAGAGACUCAAUUAUUUUUGCAACAAAAUACAAUAAAUUAUCGAAUUUUCCAAAAUCGGCCUAUAAUAAAUUCCUGCAUACAACUUUAAGAAUCUUUGCUUAAAAUUAUAAAUGUGACUUUUUUUUGUCGGGUUUUCAAGCCAAAAUUAUUGA